AUGGUGAUUACCGGCGGAAGUAUUACCGGCGGAGAAGCUCUCUUUGUUCGUGGGCAGUUUUGGUUCAUCAAAUUUCUUCGUGGGCAGCUUUGGGUUACUUACAGUAUCUCUUUCGCUUUGGCAUCCAUAUUUUCGACCAAAUUUCUGGUGCUAGUCAAGGGCUUUAUUGGGAGUACUGAAUCUUGCUAUUGUUGUACACUGUUUGGAGGAUUACCGCAGCAGCAGCAACAACAACCUAUGUAUGGUCAAUUUGGGCCGUUCAUGCAGCAGCAGUCGGUAUAUCCUCAUUAUGGAGGAUCGACACAGCAGCCCGUUUAUAAUCAGUAGUACUACA